AUGAAGACAGGUGCCAGCUUGUUGAAGGGUUACCAGAUCAUCCACACAUUGGGUUCUGACUCGAGUGGAGAAUCUGGAGAUGAUGCAGCCUGCACAUCUGUCAAGUCCCACAACAUCCAGAUGGACUUCCAGGUGGUCUGGGAUAAGUUCCUGGUGGAAUUUCCUGUGACUCUUGAUGGGACGGUUCCAACACGGAUUUCACGCUGCGCUGUAUCACAGGAACACCAACGGAAGAUUUAUGAGCGCUGGCUGAAGACGCAGAUGAAGAUGAGAGUUGAGCAUGUCAUCUCCCACUUCAACCGUCGCCUCCCCUCCACAUCCAGAGUGGCUGCCUGGAUUGCCAGACAGGGCUGGAGAAGCAAUAUCCCUGUUGCAGACACUGUGCUGAAAGCAUGGAAACCCAGCGGCAGCAUGGAAGACAUGCCUACUUCAAAACACAUCCGGCGCCUCAUCAGCAACCAGAAGUGGAAGGGGCUUGCCCUUAAAGACAUCGAAGGCAAGGGCAAAGGUGUGGUUGCUGCCAGGAGGUUUGUCGCUGGUGAGGUGGUGUGUGACUACCAUGGUCAGGUCGUCACAGGUGCAGAGGGGGAGGAGAUCCAUAAAAACACCAAUGAAGAGGACACUGCCUUCAUGUUCUUCUACACAAAGGACGGUCAGCGGAUGUGCUUCGACGCCCAUGCUUCAACAUGUACAUGCCACCCUGACCAGCAGCCUUUUGGGAGGAUGAUCAGUCAUUCCAGGAAGAAGGCAAACGUCAGACCUCGGCUGUACACACUGGACUUGGAUGGAAAUGAGAGAGACGUCCUGCUCUUCCUGGCAGUGAGGGACAUCAAGGAUGGUGAAGAAAUUCUUUUUGAUUAUGGAGUCAAGAGAAAUUCUUUCUGUGGGGUAGGCCUGCAGUUGGACUGGAUUUGA